AGAAACAGUUUCUUCCCUCCUGUUUCUCGCGCUUUUCCUGCCUGUAUGCUAAUUCGUUUACUUGUCGUCAACUUUUCUCUUCAAUUUUUGUGUUUCCUUUUCUAGGAUCGGUGGCUGUUUCGUUUCUCUGCUAAAUAUUUGGGUUUUGAUCUGUUACUAUUCGUGAUUGCCGAAUCGUUUUUCCAAAAAAAAAAAAAAAAAGGACUUUGGAAUUGAUCUGUAUGUUCGUCUGAUUUCACUAUCGAUUUGUGUUCUAAUCUGAAUUUCGUCGGUGCGAAUCGAGUUAUUUGUACGUUUCUUCUUAAUGUUUUGGUCGAAUUGAUUUCCUCCUUUUAAGAUUUGCUUGGAUUUGUACGGAUUGUUGCUUGAAGUCAAGCUUGUUCCUUUUUUAACAGUCUUUUUGGGGUUUUAUCGUGUUGUGACGCAAUGGUGGUUGGUUCUUGGACUCCGAUUGGGUCGCCGCCGCCAUCACAAUCCUCGAAGAAGUACGGAAUCACACAACCGAUAUCUCUUGCUGGUCCAACCGACGUUGAUAUCCAGCGCAAUACUGAAUUGGAGAAGCUUCUGGUGGAUUUGGGGCUUUACGAAAGCAAAGAAGAAGCUGCCAAAAGAGAAGAAGUUCUUGGUCGUAUCAGUCUGAUCGUGAAAGAUUGGGUCAAACAAUUAACUCGUCAAAGGGGCUACUCAGAUCAAAUGGUGGAGGAAGCAAAUGCCAUUAUUUUUACCUUUGGGUCUUAUUGCCUUGGGGUACAUGGACCUGGGGCUGACAUAGACACUUUGUGUGUUGGACCUUCUUAUGUGAAUCAAGAGGAUUUCUUCAUUAUUUUGCAUAAUACUCUGGCUGAAAUGGAAGAAGUUACUGAACUUCAACCAGUUCCAGAUGCUCAUGUCCCAGUUAUGAAAUUUAAGUUCCAGGGAAUAUCAAUUGAUCUUCUUUAUGCAAGUAUAUCCCUUUUGGUUGUUCCUGAUGACUUUGACAUCUCUCAUGGGUCUGUGCUGUAUAAUAUUGAUGAACAAACUGUUCGAAGUCUUAAUGGGUGCAGGGUUGCAGAUCAAAUCCUUAAACUUGUUCCAAAUGUUGAGCAUUUCCGGACAACACUCAGAUGUUUGAAGUUUUGGGCUAAAAGGCGUGGCAUAUAUUCAAAUGUAACUGGAUUCUUAGGAGGUGUUAAUUGGGCUCUCUUGGUAGCACGUGUCUGCCAGCUCUAUCCCAACGCAAUCCCCAGUAUGCUGGUUUCUCGAUUUUUCAGAGUAUAUACACUGUGGCAGUGGCCAAACCCUGUGAUGCUGUGUCCCAUAGAUGCAGAUGAACUUGGUUUAACUGAAUGGGAUCCUCGGAAGAAUCCUCGUGACCGGUUGCAUCAUAUGCCUAUAAUAACUCCUGCAUACCCAUGUAUGAAUUCUAGCUAUAAUGUUUCUUUAAGCACUCUUCGUGUUAUGAUGGAACAGUUCAAAUGUGGUAACAGGAUAUGUCAGGAGAUUGAGCUGAACAAAGCACAGUGGAGUGCUUUAUUUGAGCCAUAUUUUUUCUUUGAGGCAUACAAAAACUAUCUACAAGUUGACAUGGUUGCAUCAGAUGCUGAUGAUUUGCUGAUAUGGAAAGGCUGGGUGGAGUCACGGCUUAGACAGCUUACUUUGAAGAUAGAGCGGGAUACAAAUGGAAUGUUGCAUUGUCAUCCCUAUCCAAACGAGUAUGCAGAUACAUCUAAGCAGUUCCCACAUUGUGCUUUCUUUAUGGGUUUGCAGAGGAAAGAGGGACUGAGUGGUCAGGAAGGUCAACAAUUUGAUAUACGUGGAACAGUUGAAGAGUUCAGGCAAGAGAUACAUGCAUACACGUUCUGGAAACCAGGAAUGGAAAUUUUCGUUUCCCAUGUUUGGAGGAAGCAGCUUCCUGCCUUUGUUUUUCCUGAUGGGUAUAAACGGUCUCGAUCAUCUAGGCCUCUAAGCCAGCAGGCUGGAAGAAUCUCUGAAGAUUUUUCAGAGUCUCAGCCUGGUUCUGCAGAGAGACAAAUUAAGAGAAAGCGUGAUGACAGAUUAGAAGAUCCUAAACCAGAGAAGUGAGUCUCUCUGGGGGCUAAUUCUCCAGAAUGUAGUACUAAUGGGUGUGGUGGAAGAUCUCAUACUAGCUUUGGUGAAGCAACUAAACUAGAUGGCUCAAUGAGUGGGGAUGUUGGUGGCAAUUCCAUGGUUGGGUCGUUAACCAAGCAGGUAGACAAUGGAAAGAGAACUUUGUAGAUUACCAACCAACAGAGAAAAACUUUUGAGUGCAAACCUGUCACCUCAAACGAGAGGACUUCUUUAGAUGUAUAUGAUUUUUCAUUGGUUAGGAAUGAUGUGGCCUUGGCUGAACAGGCUGUUGAAACCAUUCCAAGACAUGAGCUUCUUGCUUCAUGUGAAGUUCCGAAUUCUGAAGUCCAAGAAACAUGCAAGAGUGGACUGAAUCAGGAUAAAAUUGUGGAUUUUGCGUCGUCUUACAGGGGAAGCUUAAACUGGAAAGAGACUCUUGUGGAGGUUGAUCAAGAGGUAGUCAAACCUUACAAUCAGACAGCUGUGGUAGAAAUUGCUGAAAGUGUAUUUGGGUCAACUUCCAAUUCUCGGAACCUCAAUUGUGAGGUGAGUUUCUCUGUUUGAGGAUUUUGGGUUAAAAGAUUUGUACCAGAUGGCAGUGAGAAUUCUGGAAGUUUGAGAUUGUGAGAGUCAGGGAUCUUUGCAGGGUGGCAUCUGCAGUGCAGAUUUGGAUUCACUUCUGGAAAAUGGACAUCUCAAUGCAAGUGGUGUAUUUCAAAAUAAUAUGACCAAAGAAUUGGAGGUUUGAAGUCCAACCUCUGAACUCAUGCUGAUUAAUAUUUUCUAAAUUUCUGCUUCUCAUACUGUUGGGUUUUCCUUUGUCUUGUUAGUGCCUUCUUUCCUGUAUUGUGUCACUGUUGAUGGGAUAAAUUCUUUAUAUAUAUAUUUCUGGCACUUCAAAGGGUCAGGACUCAACAUUUAAUGGGGUAAUGGAGUGAGAUCUUGGAAUCAAAUUACUUUGAGCAU